ACAUAAAUGAAAAUUUCAUUUAAUGUAAUGCCACAAUUUAGUUAAGAUUUCAUUCAUACGAACUGGCAACCCUAAGCUACAGAUUCACAGAUAUUUUUUCAGUGUAGUGAGUGUAGCGCAAAAGCAGCCAUUUUCAAAGUUGUCAAAAAGUGAUUUGUUUUGCGUAUCGGUGAUUCAAGAAAGUUAAGAUUGUUUUCUAAGCUGAAUCAUGUCCAACUGUUCAAAAGACAGUCCCUCGAAAGCACGAAUCGAAAGACUCCUGGUUGCUUCAGUUUCCUACAGCGCGAUUGCCAGCAUUUCCGGAACAGCAUGCGCCGCGGCGGCGUCGGGAAAAUCUGUCGAUCUGAGCGAACCGGAAGUUGCAUCCGACCGCGACCAUGAGAGGCGGUUCGGUAGUGAUAAGCAUGUCAGCAGCCUCGAUCGCUCGGAGUGCGAAAAGUCGGACAAAAGUACGCCCGACGACCCCAAGAGUCCGUCGGAGGAAGCGACUGGAGGCUCCACCUCUGGCAGAACGCGAGAAGCCCAGUUGGCACGCGAAGGUAACGACUCCCGUGUUGGCGUUGACCAAGCGACGGCCCCAGCCUCGUCACGUGAUGAUCCGACCAAAAAUCGACGAAUGCCCAAAAAGAAGUCCGGCCAUCAAAAUCGGACGGCAAUCAGGAAUAAGGCCAAAGAAAAGGAAAUAGAAAAAUUCCCCUCGAUGAAGGCAGGGUUGGCCAGAUUCCUGACGGCUUCACCUUCCGACAGCGCGAUUGCCAGCACUUCCGGAACAGCAUGCGCCUCGGCGACGCCGAGAAAUGCGGUGGAUUGGAGCGAACCGGAAGCUGCAUCCGACCGCGACCAUGAGAGGCGGUUCGGUAGUGAUAAGCAUGUCAGCAGCCUCGAUCGCUCGGAGUGCGAAAAGUCGGACAAAAGUACGCCCGACGACCCCAAGAGUCCGUCGGAGGAAGCGAUUGGAGGCUCCACCUCAGGUCGAACACACGAAGCCAGACUCCGGACGGCUUCACCUUCCGACAGCGCGAUUGCCAGCACUUCCGGAACAGCAUGCGCCUCGGCGACGCCGAGAAAUGCGGUGGAUUGGAGCGAACCGGAAGCUGCAUUCGACCGCGACCAUGAGAGGCGGUUCGGUAGUGAUAAGCAUGUCAGCAGCCUCGAUCGCUCGGAGUGCGAAAAGUCGGACAAAAGUACGCCCGACGACCCCAAGAGUCCGUCGGAGGAAGCGAUUGGAGGCUCCACCUCAGGUCGAACACACGAAGCCAGACUCCGGACGGCUUCACCUUCCGACAGCGCGAUUGCCAGCACUUCCGGAACAGCAUGCGCCUCGGCGACGCCGAGAAAUGCGGUGGAUUGGAGCGAACCGGAAGCUGCAUUCGACCGCGACCAUGAGAGGCGGUUCGGUAGUGAUAAGCAUGUCAGCAGCCUCGAUCGCUCGGAGUGCGAAAAGUCGGACAAAAGUACGCCCGACGACCCCAAGAGUCCGUCGGAGGAAGCGAUUGGAGGCUCCACCUCAGGUCGAACACACGAAGCCAGACUCCGGACGGCUUCACCUUCCGACAGCGCGAUUGCCAGCACUUCCGGAACAGCAUGCGCCUCGGCGACGCCGAGAAAUGCGGUGGAUUGGAGCGAACCGGAAGCUGCAUUCGACCGCGACCAUGAGAGGCGGUUCGGUAGUGAUAAGCAUGUCAGCAGCCUCGAUCGCUCGGAGUGCGAAAAGUCGGACAAAAGUACGCCCGACGACCCCAAGAGUCCGUCGGAGGAAGCGACUGGAGGCUCCACCUCUGGCAGAACGCGAGAAGCCCAGUUGGCACGCGAAUGUAACGACUCCCGUGUUGGCGUUGACCAAGCGACGGCCCCAGCCUCGUCACGUGAUGAUCCGACCAAAAAUCGACGAAUGCCCAAAAAGAAGUCCGGCCAUCAAAAUCGGACGGCAAUCAGGAAUAAGGCCAAAGAAAAGGAAAUAGAAAAAUUCCCCUCGAUGAAGGCAGGGUUGGCCAGAUUCCUGACGGCUUCACCUUCCGACAGCGCGAUUGCCAGCACUUCCGGAACAGCAUGCGCCUCGGCGACGCCGAGAAAUGCGGUGGAUUGGAGCGAACCGGAAGCUGCAUUCGACCGCGACCAUGAGAGGCGGUUCGGUAGUGAUAAGCAUGUCAGCAGCCUCGAUCGCUCGGAGUGCGAAAAGUCGGACAAAAGUACGCCCGACGACCCCAAGAGUCCGUCGGAGGAAGCGAUUGGAGGCUCCACCUCAGGUCGAACACACGAAGCCAGACUCCGGACGGCUUCACCUUCCGACAGCGCGAUUGCCAGCACUUCCGGAACAGCAUGCGCCUCGGCGACGCCGAGAAAUGCGGUGGAUUGGAGCGAACCGGAAGCUGCAUUCGACCGCGACCAUGAGAGGCGGUUCGGUAGUGAUAAGCAUGUCAGCAGCCUCGAUCGCUCGGAGUGCGAAAAGUCGGACAAAAGUACGCCCGACGACCCCAAGAGUCCGUCGGAGGAAGCGACUGGAGGCUCCACCUCUGGCAGAACGCGAGAAGCCCAGUUGGCACGCGAAUGUAACGACUCCCGUGUUGGCGUUGACCAAGCGACGGCCCCAGCCUCGUCACGUGAUGAUCCGACCAAAAAUCGACGAAUGCCCAAAAAGAAGUCCGGCCAUCAAAAUCGGACGGCAAUCAGGAAUAAGGCCAAAGAAAAGGAAAUAGAAAAAUUCCCCUCGAUGAAGGCAGGGUUGGCCAGAUUCCUGACGGCUUCACCUUCCGACAGCGCGAUUGCCAGCACUUCCGGAACAGCAUGCGCCUCGGCGACGCCGAGAAAUGCGGUGGAUUGGAGCGAACCGGAAGCUGCAUUCGACCGCGACCAUGAGAGGCGGUUCGGUAGUGAUAAGCAUGUCAGCAGCCUCGAUCGCUCGCAGUACGCACAGUCGGACAAAAGUACGCCCGACGACCCCAAGAGUCCGUCGGAGGAAGCGAUUGGAGGCUCCACCUCAGGUCGAACACAAGAAGCCCAGUUGGCAAGUGAAGUAGACGAGUCCCGUGUUGGCGUUGCGACGAACCCGGCCUCAUCGCAUACAAGAUCUGCUGAAAUCUGCGUUCCGGUAGGCAGCAACGAUGCGAGUGGGCGUAAAAGAAUGCGAAAUUCACCUGAGCUGGACCGAGCUUUUAAAUUCGCCAAAAAAACAACAUCAAUCAGGAGCAAGAACAGCGUUGAUCAAUCAGCUGAGUUUAGUCGAAAUGGUUCUGCUUGCAGAAUUAAAAUCACUAACUCUGAAGAGAUACGUAAUCUUGUCGCUGAGCUUUCAGAUGAAACGGACGACGAUCAUGACCAUUCUUCAAAAAAGGUGCAGUGGUAA